AUGCCCUCUAUCAAAAAUUCCACUGUUCUUGUCAUUGGCGGCUCUUCCGGAAUCGGCUAUGGAGUUGCGGAAAAAGCCCUCGCCGAGCAUGCAAAGGUGCAUAUAGCAUCUUCGAAUGCUUCCCGAGUCCGGGAAAGUACCGAAACCUUGCAAGAAAAGUUCCCCGAAGAGCAUAUUUCUGGACAUCUCUGCGACCUUGCCGAUUCGGGCGUUGAAAGAAACCUCGAGCUUCUCCUUACCACUAUUGGACCGCUUGACCACAUCGUAUUUACUGCCGGCGAUAGGCUCUCUAUUCAACCUCUGGAUAGCAUCGACCUUGAGGCGAUUCACCGAGCAGGCCACAUUCGUUUUGCCGUUCCUCUUCUGCUUGCCAAACUAGCUCCUCGUUUCCUCAAACCGGGCUAUGGAUCAUCGAUCACACUGACCACUGGGUCCGGCUCUCAAAAGCCAUACCCGAACUGGUCAUUGAUCACUGGGUAUCUGACAGGCUUACAUGGAAUGGUGCGUAACCUCGCACUAGACCUGAAACCAACACGGGUGAACCUAGUUAGCCCUGGCGUGGUUGCUACCCCUCUCUGGGGACCCGCAGGAGUGUCCGAUGAAAUGAAGAAUUCUACCGCUUUGCGCAAAGCCGGCACAAUUGAGGAAGUUUCGGAGGCCUAUCUUUAUCUGAUGAAAGACACGAAUGCUACCGGUAGUUGUGUUAGUACCAAUGCCGGAUCCCUUCUGCUAUAG